AUGAACAUCAACACUCUCCUGUCAAACGAACCUGUCGUUCGAACAUCCCGAACCUACAACAGCUUUGCACCGGAAGUCACUACUCCUUAUCACAACAGUGCAGCCGUCAUGACGCCUCCGAAGUCGUUGUCACCAACCUCUAGUUGCAAGAGUGUCCACUUUAGAAUUUGCGGCGGGGUAUCGGAGCCCAAAACACUACACAUCUUCCCGCAUGACACAACGGAAUCGAUUACAACGACGGUCAAGAACAUGUUUGCACUCUCCACCCACAAAGACUCUGCUCUCAGUUUUCAAGACCCCGAAGGAAAGUAUAUGAUUCUACAGCACGAGAAUUUUGAGGAUGGCAUGACUGUCUUUGUCCGUGUUGAAGAAGCCCCCCACCGUUAUUCAUAUGAAAUCCAUCCGUCGCUAUUAAACCAUCUAGAGCCUUCUGCGAGGAGCGUCUCCCCCAGCGCUGCCCGAGGAAGACGUAGCGCCAGUACUGGCGGUCGCUCAAAAGCCCUCAAACGUCCGGCUUCUAGUCACAAUUGGGAGUAUAAGCAGGAGCGCUUUGACUCUUAUGCGCAAACUCAUUUACCAGGUGUUUCCGUAGCGCCGUUGGGAUUCAUGACCUACGAGGAGGAACAGAGGAACAGACUUGAACCUCUUGCAAGUGCGGAAAUCAGUCUUGAUAAUAUCCUCGAAGGCUCAAGAAGGAAAAGGCCAAAGUUCUCGUCAGACGAACUUCCGCUAUACCCCCCUACAGCUUUACCCAGGAAUGAUGGUUCGAGUGCUUCGUCUGCUAGUCCCACACGUCCAGUUGGAGAAGUCACAACUCCAUACACUCAUCGAAACUAUGGUUACCCCCAUCCCACACCCCCAUCUGCCUAUGGUGGCUACCCUGGAAACAGCGCUCAAGUGCAGAACCCCUGGCCACAGUCGCGAACGGGCGGGAACGGCGCUUUCCCUACACCUGCGCCUACAAUUGCAUCGUGUAUCUCAGAUGAAGAAGUUGCUGUACAACUUAUGCGACUUGGUGGCAAUAGGAUAGAGAAUUGCUCCGUAACAACUUCAACACGAGAAGAUAACUACGAAGAAGAGGAGGAAGAGGGAUUCUCCUCGGGCGGAGGCGAAUAUGGUGACGAUGGACGAAGCGACACCACUGAGCUACCCGACCCACUAAACAACGAGAUCCUACCGAGUUUCGACACCACUGAACCGAGCGAUAACGAAGACUUGCCAUCUCCACCAAUACCGUCUCCACACACACAACAGCUGUACUCAUACAGGGAUGACCCACCAAGGGUUGAAUCACAUCGACCCUAUGCAAUUGGUGCCGAGGAGGAAGAAGAAUAUGAAGACUUACUUGAUGAUGAUGCUGAUGAAACUUACAUUGGCAAAGAGGAGGAGGAAGAAGAUGAUGAUGCUGAUUAUGAUGAAGAUUUGGAUGAUGUUCCAUUGAUGAAGACUGUUCGUGGAAGAAAGCUAUCAUCCGCACCCUCAGCCCCUUCGGCGCCGCCAAGCAAUGCGGGAAUCAGUCUAAAGACCAAGCCUGCUCUACCUAAGGGCUUCGUUAGAGCAACUAAGCGCAAGAAUCAACCCACAUUGCAGACGAAUGGACUCAAGAAACCUAGACCCCUGCCAGAGACACAGUGGCCUAUCUCUCCUGCGUCUCCACCAUCUAGCCUCACACUCACCCUCACUACACCCACCUCGCUAUACGGUCAGCAGACAGCGACCCCAGUGGAUGAUCGACCACACCAGCACCACCUCGGACCCGACGAGCCGUCAAUGAAGCCUCGAUGCCAACGCUGUCGGAAAUCCAAGAAGGGCUGUGACAGAGCACGACCGUGCCAAAGAUGCAAGGACGCAGGAAUUGGAGCUGAUGGGUGUAUCUCUGAGGAUGAAGCAGGGACGAGGCGAGGGCGACAGGCAGCUGCCGCUGCGAGGAAAGCCGCUGCUGGAGGUGGAGUAGGGGUUUUGGGAAAACUGAAGAGUAAGACCAAGAAGAAGAAGAUCUUGGUGGAGUGA